AUGAAGUUUGUGGCUCUUGUGUCUGGUGGUAAAGACUCAUGUUUUAACAUCUUACACUGUUUAGCACAAGGACACGAGCUGGUGUGCCUAGCUAAUCUGUAUCCAGCCGAACCAGAUAAUGAUGAAAUUGAUUCUUAUAUGUAUCAAACCGUGGGCCAUGAUGUCCUAACUUUGUACGAGAAAUGUACCGGGAAACCAAUGUAUAGGGAGCCUAUUUUGGGUAAUGCAAGCAAUCAGAAAUUGGAGUAUAAGAAAACUGAAAAUGAUGAAACUGAAGAUUUAUACAGGCUUUUAGACAAAGUGGUGAAGAAACAUCCUGAUGUUGAAGGUGUUAGCGUUGGUGCAAUUUUAUCAAGCUAUCAAAGAACAAGGGUAGAAGAUGUAUGCUCAAGGUUGGGAUUGACAUCAUUGGCAUAUCUAUGGCAACGUGAUCAGGGUGAACUGAUGAAUGAAAUGUGCAGCAGUGGGAUGGAUGCAAGAAUCAUUAAAGUAGCUGCCAUUGGUUUAAAUGAUUCUAACUUGGGUAUGAGUUUACAGGAAAUACAUCCAACUUUGUUACAAUUGAACAAAAUGUUUGGAGUUCAUAUAUGUGGUGAGGGGGGUGAAUUUGAAACGAGUGUCUUGGAUGCUCCCUUUUUCAAAUAUGGUAGAAUUGUCAUCACCGAGAAAAGCAUUGUUAAACACACAAAUGAUGAAGUUUGGUAUCUUAAAAUGAAAGUUGGUUUUGAGCCAAAAGAUGUAAGCGAUGAUCCAAUCGACUGGAAGAAGCAUGUUGUUGUUCCUCCGCUUUUAAAUGAAACUUUCCACGAAAUAUAUGAAAGUGGCAAAAUUAGAGAUGAGUAUAGUGUUGCAAAAGUCAACAUAAAUGAAAAAUAUUGGAAGUUCAAUGUUUACGAAACUGAUGACAAAUUGUAUAUUUCUAAUAUAACAUCAGUGGAAGAAUCUAUUGAGGGUCAAGUUGCUGACAUUUUUAAGCAGUUAAGUGGGACAUUAAAUCAAUUUGAGCUUGAUUUUGAGAAUAUUCAGUCAGCAAAGUUGUUACUCCAGGACAUGAGCAAUUUUGUCACAAUAAACUCUAUCUACGUGAAGUAUUUCACUAAACCAUUACCACCGGCACGUAUAUGUGUUGAGACGAUGCUUCCAAACAAUACACAUGCACAAUUAUCGGUUGUGGUAUUAAAGGAAUUGGAUGCCAAAGUUGGAUUACAUGUUCAAGGUAUAUCAUAUUGGGCACCAUGCAAUAUUGGGCCUUACUCACAAGCGAUUUCAAGUAGAAACGAUCAAAUAGUUCGGAUAAGUGGACAGAUUCCUUUGAUUCCUAUGAAUAUGACUUUACCAACGCCAAAGGAUGACAGGCUAAGUUCAACUUUAUCGUUGAAACAUUACCACAGUAUCAAGGAGGUUACCAAUUACAAGAACAACCUUCUGACAAUUUGUUUUAUCAAAGAUUGUAAUCUGGUUUCCAUGGUGCAGGAGCAGUUUCGAGAGUAUAUCUCAUUGUGUGAAGAUGAAGGGUAUACAGGAACCGAGAACUUGGUAGUUGUUCAAGUGACCGAACUCCCCAAAGGGUCAGACGUCGAGUGGGGUGGAUUGUCAUACCGAGAAGAAUGCGAAUCACUCAACUACGAUUCUGACUCUUUAUCCGAAGACGAGAAAGAGAACGAGUCCAAGGACGCUAAGGACAAAGUCAAGGUUAGUUAUGUUGACAAGCUAUCGGAGUAUUCCACGUUUAAAGACAAUAGAUUCUACGAGAUCUACGGAGACGUUCUACAGAUUGACGCAGAGAUGCCUCAACAUUGUGAAGUUUUCCCCGCCGUUGCAGUCUAUGGUGCAUCUGGGAAUAAGUCACUGGCUAUAGUAGAAAGCACCGUUUAG